GAAAAAAAAAAUAGUGAUGGAAAUUUCACUUCCAUGUUCCUUCGCAUCUGCAUCUCUCUUCAAAUCUUUUUUUAGUACAAAAUUCGAUUCUAUAACUUCGUUUCUGGAUCAAACGCAGCUGGAGAAAUUAGAUUUCUCGAGUGAAAAUGGCAGACCCAUCGAUUUUUCGAACUCUCCUUGCUCAGCUCUGUCUCUGCAUUGCUUUCUACUUAUCUCUCAACAUGGGUUAUCCUAAAAACUACGAUUUCUUGAAGAUUUGGGAUCAAAAUCCUCUUGAUUUCUACUUUAUUUCCGUCUGGGGAGGCUUACGAUCUGUAAAAGAAGAGAUCCUUCUUCUCAAACAGAUGGAGAAGAUGGCCAAGGUUUCUCAUGCAAAGUUCGUCUUGCACAUCCGUGAACCAGGGGAAAACGAUCGCCUAAUGCAGAAUGGUUCGUGGUACUUCUCAUCCCUGAAAGUUCCAUGGCACAGCAUACAAGGGUCAAGACAAAAUGGAGAUUACUUUAUUGAGCGAAUCAAGUUACAAUAUCGGCAAACAUUAGACGUCAUUGCCAUAGAUACCGGACUAUUGCAGGAGUCCGUUGCAACGGGAUCAGCAAGUGACACGGUGAACGGUCAUUUACUAUGGCUGAAAAGGACUCUGCAAGCAUCAAACAGUAACUGGCGUAUAGUUGUUGGGUUUCACCCAUUGGUAACUUGUGAAAACAAUACUCGAUCGCUGGAGACAAUGCAUCUGUUCGAGUCAAUCCAUCAAAUCUUUGUUGAAAAUAGGGUGAAUGCAUACCUUAGUAGGCGUGGUUGCACUCACAAUGUUCGUAUCGAUAGCAUAGCUUACAUUGGAGUUCCCGGUCCUAUUCAGACAAAACACUUCCCAUCUCAAAGAUCCUCCUUCAGUGAAUUCUUACUUCAGCGUGUCAGCUCACUAGAGACGGUGUUUUACUAUGUAAACACAGCAGGAGAAGUUGUUCAUAAAACUGAACUCCAGCAAAAGGGUAGAGAAGUCAUAUGAAAAAACUACUCAGUUUUACAAUGCCAAGUAAAAAAGUCCUCCAAUCUAUUAUUUCUCCCUCUCUCUCAAUUUGCUACAAAAGCAUAUGUCCUCGACCAAGAGUUUCAGAAGUUUGAACAUAUAUCAUUGUUAAAGGAAAUUUGAGAUUUUCCCCUACAAAAUUUUGACACUCUUA